AUGUCCAACGAUGGAACAGCAUCAGCUGGUUCUCAUCCACCGCUUGUAUCGCCUCUUCGACGUUUAUCGAUAUGUCGACAAUUAUCUGAUGUAUUGAAGUAUCGACGUAAAUCAUACUGUUCCAAUAGUAAUGAUCAUUUACCAUAUAUUCCAUCACCAUCGCCAACAUUAUCAACAGCAACUAAUUCAGCAUCAUCAACAUUUACAUUUGUUUGGAAUUGUGCAUUAACAGAAGUCGAUUCUCCACCUGGAUCAUCAUCGAAUGAAGAUGUACAUAUUCUACCUAUUCAAAUGCAGCAACGAGCAAGAAAAAAUGGCCUAUCCGAUGAUCCAAAUAUGUUAAAUACUAAAGAAAUCACAGGAUCAAUGGUAGCUGCGUGCCUACUUAAGCAAAAAAGUGUCAGCUGUGAUGACGUUGCCUUUUUAUCGUCAAGCGGAGAUGAACAGACAAUCUGUGCAAGCGGGUCAUCAUCGGCUACAUCUGCUGCAAUGUCAUAUAAAUCAAAAUGCAAUGAAAAAGAACAUGGCCUAUCAUCAUGUACACGUACUAAUAAUCGAGCACUUGCUAAAACGUCAGCUGGAAAAGAACGAAAUGAAAAACGAAAUUCAACUGGUUCGGCAAUUUUAACAAGUACUACUAAAUCAGCAGCAUCUACAUCGAAACGUUUAUCAACUCAAUACAUGGUGCAAGAUAAUGAUGACGUAAUACCAAUUAAUAUAUUAAAUAGUAAUUAUAACCAAGAAUUGAAAUCAGCCAACGCACAACAACAUUCAAGAUCAGGAAAAACAACUAGAUCUGGUCUUUUUACUGGCAGUAUAUUUACUCGAGUAAGAAAAUAUGUCUAA